AUGAGCGUGUCACCGACUGUCCUUUGCGAUGGACUUUACCACUGCGAACAUUACGAGGAUGAAUUAGCGUGCAGUAACGCCGAUCCUUGCACCCAACGAAACCCGUGCGUCAAUGGUGUCUGUCGUCCCAUUGGACAAGGGCAGUACGAGUGUGAUUGCCGAGAUCAUUAUGAGGGGAUCCAUUGUGAUGAACCAACUCUUCCUUUGGAGGUUUCUGUCCAUCCGUCAAGCCAGAUAGUCGACAUCAAUGCCUAUGUGGAGCUGACAUGUAGUUUCAACAAUGUCAAGCGAUACCACUGGUACAAAGACGAUGUCCUUUUGCCUAACAGUGAAAUUCAGAAUCCUUUGAUAAUCAUGUCUGUCACGCCAAGUGACAUCGGGUAUUACUUCUGCCGAGGCUCGGGGAGAAAUGGAGAAACUUUAGACACGAUGCGAGCAUCUGUAUAUGUCAAAGAUCUGACCAAUAUAAUAGUUUUGAACGCUAGAUUUGCCAUUCCAUUCAGCGAUGAGCUUCAUGACCAAACGUCUAAACUCUAUAAAGAAACAGCGCUCAACAUUAGCACCUAUGUAAGUGGAGCAAGGCGUCCGAACCAGUACUGGGUUGCAGAGUAUAUCAGUAGUAUGCAGAGCCCUAAGACCAGGAAGCGUCAAAGCUGA